GCCUCUCUUUUGAGCGGACGAUGAUGAUGAUGAGGCGCGGGCACGGCGCCUGACGUGUCUCUUCAUCAUCAGCUGCUUGGAGUGAGGAGCGCGCGGUGGCACUUUAUCGCGCUCUCCUCUUUCUCGCUCUCUCAUUCCGGCUCGAGCGCAGUGCCAUGCGAGCGAGUGCGUCUUCGUGUGCCAACCUCGCGUGCGCUCGGAGCGUCAGACCCCGGCGAGAUGCGGGAACUAUAACGGGAGCUCAGAUGUUUGGAGGUUCUCCACUGGAUUGUUGGUAAAUGUUCCUGCCCCACUCUCUGACGACCAUGCUUUAUUUCCAGCUGGUGAUCAUGGCGGGCACGGUCAUGCUGGCAUAUUACUUCGAGUACACAGACACGUUCAACGUGCACGUGCAGGGAUUCUUCUGCUACGAGACCGCGUACACAAAACCCUACCUCGGACCCGAGGACACGAGCGCCAUCCCGCCCGCCCUGCUGUACGCGGUGGUCACUGGAGUCCCCACAUUACUGAUCACCGUGACAGAAACGGUGUUGUUCUUGAUAGAGUAUACAUCAAAAGAUCUUGACAGUCGAGAGAAGACCAUCGUGAAUGGGGACUGCUGUUACCUCAACCCAUUAGUGCGGAGGACUUUCCGUUUCCUUGGUGUAUACUUGUUUGGCCUUUUCACCACAGACAUCUUCGUGAAUGCCGGUCAGGUGGUAACGGGGAACCUGGCCCCUCAUUUCCUGACAGUAUGUAAGCCCAACUUCACAGCUCUGGGUUGCCAGCAAGCUCUACGCUAUAUCAGUCAUCAGGAAGCCUGCACCGGCAACGAGGAUGACAUCCUGCGUGCCCGCAAGACCUUCCCUUCCAAAGAGGCGGCGCUCAGCGUGUACGCUGCGCUCUAUAUGGCUAUGUACAUUACAUUUACUGUGAAAGCCAAAGGAACUCGUCUGGCUAAACCAGUCAUGUCUUUGGGCCUGAUGUGCCUGGCCUUUCUAACGGGUAUUAACAGGGUGGCGGAGUAUCGAAACCACUGGUCUGACGUCAUCGCCGGGUUUAUCAUCGGUGUGGCCAUCGCCACCUUUCUAGUGGUGUGUGUGGUCCAUAACUUCAAAGGCAAACAUCUGCUGAAUGAUGAUCCCCCACAGGACAACCUAAGUGACAAUCCAAUGGUCAGCUCGCCCAGGGUUGAGAGUCCGUUGGAGAAGUACAUCGCCUCACAGAAUCACAUCUCCUUCGCUGAGAUCACGUGACCUUGAGUCGGCAGUGUGGCAGACACACUGGACAUCCACGCUGUUUACCGUCCAGUCCCGAUAGUCACGGCUCAACGCUAACACAGUGGUCAUAUUCUCUAUGGUGUCGUUUUGGAUCGCUCUGCCCUUGCUUUGUGUGUGUGGAAAUCUUGGUCCUGUCUACUAAUAACUGUUACCAUCACGCAACUAAUGACUGAAGCUUCACACUUCACAUUUCCCAGACUGGCUCCGUUGGCUUUAUUGUAGACCAAGCACUAGAGCUCAGAAUAUCUCAGUUGCUCACGUAUAUGGAGAGUGUGUGUGUGUGUGUCUGUGUUUAUGGGAUUUAUGGCAGGUUGAUGCGAAUACCUACCUGUGGAAUUAAAAAUGGACUUAACUUGUAUUUGUGGAUAUGUGUUAUCUUCGUCUGCUUAUAUUUCAGAAAGUGUUUAUUCCUAUAUGAAUUUGUUUCUUUUUAGAGCUUGCAUUGGAUGAGUGAAAACAUAUGGAAGCCUGUUUCUGCCUCAGAGUAAAAAAAAAG